GUCGCACGGGACCCCUCAGUCACCACGAGAUCGGCAAACCGAAUGGUCAGACUUUGGUGUAAUUUAACAAUAAAAAAAUAUUUAAUUGAAUUUAUUUUCAAAAUAAAAUAUAUUUGUUGUUUUAUUGGAAAAAUUUAAAAAGCUCAAAUUAACAAUAUAUCUUAAUAAAAAUUUAUUAAAAUUAUAUUAACAAUUUAAUUUUCAAUUAAAAUGGAAGUUCAACGAUUACGAAUACGUUAUCUAAAUUAUAAUUUUGUAAAUCAAACGCGAUUAUAUAUUGUUCAUUGAAUUGAUUUUAUUUUUCAUUAAUUAAAAAUUUUUAUAUGUGAAAAUUAAUAAAACAAUUGAGUGAACAACAAUUGUGAAAGAAUUUUUUUCAAAAAAAAGUGUUGGUGGUUGUGGUGGUGUUAUUAUUUGACAACGAGAUAAAACCAUUGUUGGAGAACGAGGAAGAGAUGAUCUACGGGCUGUUGAUAGCUGGUGCUAUUGCCCGUGCCACGAUAAGGCGGUAUUCAGUGGCUAAAACGAUAAUUUUAACGAGCCUGAUAUUUUUAAUAGUAUCUGGUUUAACUGGUGUAUCAUCAGUACCAUCAUAUAAUCACGAAAUAUCAAAAAUAACGGCAAGAAAAAUGCAACCAUGGGAAAAACCAUGUGGUACGUUAUUUGAAUCAUCAACUGGACGUCCAUUACAAAGACACAGUGCACAUAGAUCAUUGAAACGUGUCAGAACGAGAUUAAAAGUUGCUAAAAAUCAUAUACAAAAAGAUAGACAUGAUAUUGAAAAAGUUUAUUCAAAGAUUAAUACAGUAUUAAAGGGUCAAUAUAAUUUUACCUGGCUACCAAAAAAACAACUUCAAUGGUAUUACAAUGAACUUUGGUGCAUGGAAAAAAAUAAAAAAGCUGAAUAUGCAUUGCCAAGAUUACAUGAUGCAUUGCAGAGGUUUGCUAUUACAUUUUAUUCAUUGAGAAAAUUUAAAUUUAAAAUUGGCAUUGAAGAUAAUUGGGCAAUCACAAAGAGAAAUGAAAUUAUAAGUGCAAUGGAAACUGAAGUACUUAGUAUACUAUGUGAAGUCGAGACAGCAAUAACAAAUCUCGGUCAUCAAGUACCACAUGUUCAUAAAUCAAAAAUAGUCAUUGAAAAUCCAGCUUGGAAUACUGAGGGUGAUAUGACAGUAUCACUUAUACAAGAUUGGGGUGUACUACGACUAUAUCGUAUAUUUUUGAAUGAUUGGAUACGAGCAUUUAGAAAUGCAACAGCAAAAGGACCAGGAACAUGUGAUUCAAAUACCGUUAAACCAAUUAUUUUCAAGUCAAAAAAUAAAAAUCAGAAAAAAACAACACGACUUAAAACAAAAAGACAUAUGAAAAAAAAAAAAUCAAAUGAACAACAACUAUUAAGAGAUAAUAUUAUUCAUGAAAAUAAUAAAAAAAUGAUACAAGAAAAAAAACGUGAAUUACGACUUAGGCUACAAAAUAGAAUGAAAUUAAAUGAAUCACAAAAUUUAUAAUAAUUAAAUUUAUAA